AUGUCUUCCCCAUGGAAGAAGCAGCCAGAGGAGGUAGCGGGAGCGGUAUUGAAAAGAGCUGAGUUGAGCAAGAUGGCUCGGAAACUGCAAAAUCGAUUGGCGCUCGCACAAUUCAAAGCUGAAAGGGGUUGGGAAGAUCUUACACUGGAUACAAUAGAACCAAGGAUGGAAGAAGAACUAAGAAGAAGACGGCCAACCUCAAGUGGAGAUAUGUUAUCGGACUCAUCCUCCAGUGUUGCGUCUGAACUACCUUACUCGAACCGAAGAACCUUACUGAGUUCCCCUUUGAAAGCCACUGCCAUAUUUUCCAAUCGAAUUGUAUCAAGUGGUAGCAGCACUGGGCCUAGGAAGAGGUCGUACCACACUACUUUCCAACAACCAAGCUCAACAGCUGGAUCUCGAAAAAGAGUUCGCUCUUCUCCCACACCAAGUAGAUUAUUACGUCAACCAAACAGCUCCUGGAAAAGUCACCGUCAACUAGCCCAGUCGUCUCCCAUCAAGCCACGCAAACCUCACUUCACCACCUCGGCAGGACCGGAUCUCUCGUUCUACCGGGGAUCUUCACAUAUGCCAGAUGACCUUACCUCCCCCAACUUCGCAGCCCCAUCUGACGAUGAAGACAGCCACCUUCCUCUACAUUCUUUUAAUGUCCGACCUUCGUCUCCGCGAACCCCGUCCCCCAUUAGGAACAGAGGCAACCCACACCGUCGAAUCAAGGAAGGUAAUGGCAGGUCAGCAGAAGAAGAAGCGGAUCUUUUACUGUACCUCAGUAGCCCCGCAAAUCCAAUUUCACGAACGAACAUGAUGCAGCCACCAUCUACACCGCCGUCCAGGAAGCUUGAUUUGCCAUCAUCUAUGAUGACGACUCCGAGUUAUAGCGGUGGUUUUUCGAUAUUCGGUGCGCCGGCCACACCUUCACAAGGGUUCGACUUCGCCGAUUUUGUCAAUAUAACACCGAGUCCCGCUCAAACGACUUGGACCCCAAGAGCUGCAAAGACCCCAUUAACUGUUGCACGUAGGCGCUUGACUUUUGAGAACUUUCAUCCACAAAAUGCAAGCCCAUCCAGGCGUGACAGUCCUGCUUCUAAGCAUGCCGGACUCGGCAUGCAAUUGGGUGGUGACCUUUUACCCUGA